UCUUGAUCUUACAAGUCUUUGCCCGCCAAGCACCCAUCCGCCUCCAUCCUCAGUCUACCACACCACCCCCACUGCCACUCUGCCACUCUCAGUUGCGAUUUCUCUACAAGCCCGCUGAAUUCACCAACGAUUUCUGCAAUCUACGCAGCCGGCAUAUUCAUUAGUAUUAUCCGGAGCAGGCCGUCUUCAGAACCCUCGGAAUGCCUGGUCUGACAGUUCCCGAGUCUGACCGGAAGAAGCUCAGUGGAUAUGACUUCUAUCGCGAGGUCCUAGGCAGCCCAAAACAUGUGGUUGCGCCGAUGGUUGAUCAAAGCGAACUGGCAUGGAGGACGCUGUCCCGGAGAUACGGCGCACAGCUUGUUUACACACCAAUGAUAAAUGCCAAGAUGUAUGCCGAUCUACGGCAUAAGCAGAAGCGGGAGGAAUUCUUCAACACGCUCCUCGGUGAGGAAGGCGGAGCUGGAGACAGGCCACUCAUUAUUCAGUUCUGCGCAAAUGACCCGGACCAGCUGCUCACGUCUGCCAAACUCCUGGAGCCCUACUGUGAUGCUGUCGACAUCAAUCUUGGCUGCCCCCAGGACAUCGCACGGAGAGGACAUUAUGGUUCUUUCCUACAAGACGAAUGGGACUUGAUUUACAAACUCAUCAAUACCCUCCACCGCAACCUAUCUAUCCCUGUCACGGCCAAGUUCAGGGUCUUCUCCACUGUGGAGAAGACAGUCGAAUAUGCCAAAAUGCUCGAGAGUGCCGGUGCCCAAAUACUGACAUGUCAUGGUCGGCUCCGUGAGCAGCGUGGCCACAACACUGGCCUGGCAGACUGGGACAAAAUUCGUGCUGUGAAAGAAGCCGUGUCUGUGCCCGUCUUCGCAAACGGGAAUGUGCUCUUUCAUGGCGAUGUCGAGCGACUGCUCGCCGCCACGGGUGCCGACGCCGUGAUGUCUGCUGAAGGCAACCUCUACAACCCUGCUCUCUUCUCCCCUGCGCCUCAACCUCCAGCAAGCGACACCACCUCGGCCGAAUCCAAUUCCUCCGCGCCAUCGACUUCAUUCUCAGCAUCCCCCCUUUCGCUGGCACCAUACUCAAUCGGCCUGCAUCCGCGUCACGCAUCUCUUGCCCUCGAAUACCUCGAAAUUGUAAAGACACAGCGUACACCGACGCCUUUGCGGUGCGUCAAAGGUCAUCUUUUCAAGCUUCUCAAACCAGCACUCUCGCGCGAGACCGAUCUGCGAGACAGGCUGCAGCGCGUACGGUACGAGAAGCCCGAAACGGCGAUGUGGGAGAAGUACGAGGAGAUCGUGAGGGAUCUGGACGAGCGGAUGCAGCGGGACGAGAAAGCGGUGGAAGGGCAGCCACUGGAGUCGCUCGUGACGAUCGACUCUGUAACAAACCUGCCAGUAUUGCCGCAUUGGCUUGCGCAGCCUUACGUUCGGCCGCCUCAACCGGCCCCCGCGAAAAAGGAGUCUGUGGCUGCCGACACAAAUGUCGGAAAACGCUCGCCACCAGAGGCAGACGAUGCUCAGGAGGCCGAAACGAGCAAGCGAGCCAAGCUUGACAACGGCGAGCCACACAUUGAGGAAACCCAGCGAGAGGUGGCCGCCAUCGGGUAGUGGCUUCAUUUCUGCAUCAUCGGACUUCUCGCGACGUCCAGUAUUGUUGUAGUCCAGCACUGUUGUACUAGACUAGACGCACUGUAUCUUUAUCCACGUCUGUUCGUCGAGAUCGCUA